AUGGCUGUUUCCAUCCCAAAACUCCUAGCAACCAAAAAUCCCAUCUCUGUCUUGUUAACAAUCUCAAUAUUUUCCCUCUUUCUUGUUAACAAAGUCAAAUCAGACUUCUCUGUCAACUUCCCCACUUUUGGCCCAAACGUUGUUAAAGAUAUAGCUUUUGAAAACGAUGCCACUUUAUCAAAAGGAGCAAUACAACUAACAAAGAAGAAUGAAAUUGGUAAUCCACUGCCACACAGUGUUGGUCAAUCAGGAUUGUUCAACCCAAUUCGUCUCUAUGAUAAAAGCAGUGGUCAAGUUGCAGACUUCACCACUGAGUUCUCUUUUGUGGUGAACAAAAAAGGUAGAGAAAAUCAUGGUGAUGGAUUUGCCUUCAUUAUUGUAACCCCAGACUUUGAAUUCCCAGACCCAAAGGAAUCAGCUGGUGGAUUUCUAGGAAUGUUCACACGAGAAACUGCUUUCAACUCCAAACAUCAAGAAGUUGUGCUUGUUGAGUUUGAUACCUAUGGAGAUGAAUGGGAUCCUGUUCCUAAUUCUCAGUCUCCUCAUGUAGGAAUUGAUGUGAGUUCUAUUAAGUCAGUGGUUACUGCCCCAUGGUUUAAUGACAUAACCCCCGAUGGAAUAGUAGUAACUGCACGCAUAGAGUAUAAUUCUGGGGCCAAAAAAUUGAGUGUUUCAGUAACUUAUCCUGGUAAUGUCCCACUUGAUUCAAGAUUAACACUCGAUAUUGAUUUGACGACUAUUUUACCAGAAAAGGUUCAAAUAGGCUUCUCUGGUUCCACUGGUGACUUGGUUGAGACGCAUGACAUUCUUUCCUGGUCUUUUCAUUCAACCUUGUAG